CCCGGGGGCGCCUAGUCCGAGGGCAGCUACCGUCUCCUUCCAUCCAUGACCUGUCCCCUGGCCGGGGUAGCCCCCGGCCCCGGCAGUCUGCGGCUUCUUCCCUUCAAGCUUGGGGGCGCUUUUCUGCUGGCCGGGCGGGCUGUAACUCACGCCUCGGGGUGGCCCUUUGGGGUGAGGAGGCCUUUGCGAGGGUGUCUGCGUUCCCGCCCAUCCUGUGUCUGUGUCCUUUGCUGGGAUUAGGGCAAAGGCAGACGUUCCAUGCGGACGUGUUGCUGUCCUGUGUGUGUUGCAUCCUGCCCACGUGGUAGAGUGUCUCCCGCCCCCCCCUCCCAGCUCCAUUUUUGCAGCUGGUGGGUGAGGAGGGAGGUUAACGGGAUGGUUUUUCCUCUGUGAUUUCCUCCCGGUGGCAUGGAAGGUGUUAGGAUCAGUUUGCUUUGCCGAGGCCGACUGUUGGUUAGAUGAAGAAUCAAGAGUUGUACUCUGAAAUUGAGGCCAGUAGGGGACAUAACAGGGCUUAGUUUCAUUAACAUCUUUUCUCCUCUUCCAUUAGCUGCUCUUACUUUUUCCUCUGUUGGUUAAUCAUAGAGAAUAAGCGCUUGCUACGGAUGAAUUCAGGUAUAUAGUUUUCAUUUCUCGAUUUUACCUUUUAUGUGUCUGGUGAGCAAAGGUUUUGCUAUUCCGUGUUGGUGCAUUCCGCGUCUGUGUUGUCCCUAGUUGGAUUCCUGAGUGAGUUAGAGCCAUUCACUCUAAUUCCUGAAGGAGUUAGAGAUUGGUGGGCACCUUUUUGAUCUUUUUCUGAGAUUUAUUUGUGUUUGUUUUCCUCCGUUUUGUUUCCCAGUGAAAAAGCGUGAUGUCAUAGGAGCGUUAUAUGCACAGCUCUUUUUCUCACAAGGCAGCACUGGUUUCACCUUGUCACUUACUUUGUAGAAACUCUUUUACUUCACUUUUCCCCUUACUCUGUUGACUACCUAUUGCACUCUCUUUUUUGAAACUGGUUUGAAACAUGUUUUGAGUAGUUUUUUUCUUAAUGUCUCUUCCAGAUUAGGGUUUUCAUCUUCUGUUUGGCUCUUUUGAGACCACAGAUUGUUCCCGCAGUAAUAGUGAGAGAGACCUAGUCCCCCUGGUCCCUAGCAAAUAUUUAUAGAAAAACAGUAACUUCUCUCUCUUUUUCUGAGUGACAUAUAUUAUAUAGAUGUGAUUAAAUGUUUUAGUUUCUUAAAUAGGAGGAUUUCUCUUUUUGCUUUUGUGUCUCAGAACUGAGGUGAAUCUUCUUGAUUUUGUGCUGCUGAGGACGAAGCUGGGAAGUUUCUCAUGCUUUCAUUAGAUUUUUUUUGGAUGAGGCUAGAACUUGUUUAUUUUGGCUCUUUUUUGUUCAUUAGUUUGGGUAAAAUAGAAAAUCUUAAUGUUUCAAAGCCACUUACUAGAUUCCAAAGUGUCCUGAAUUCUCACUUUGCUUUUCACAUUGUACAUUCUUUGAGUAUAUUUUUGACUUUUUUCUCCUUUUAUCUGGUACAGUUCGUAUAUUCCCUUUCGUUCUAUGUAGAAUGAAAAUAUUUAAAUAUAGAUUUUAGAUUCUGUUUGCUUUCAUUAUGCUAAGUAUGGGUGGGGCAGUGGAAAAUAGAGAAUGUUGUUCUGAUACAUACAGAGGCUUUUUUUUUUGGUAAGUCAGCAUUUGUGUACUUCUGUAAAGUUCCAUGUUAUCUAUGUGUGAAGUAGUCUGUAUGAAGAGACAAAUAAGAUAUGCGGUCUCUUGGAAAGCUUCAACUUAUGUCGAAAGAACAGAGUUGUUUUUUUUCUGUUGGGGAAACAUGUACAUCAUUCAGAAUUACCAAACUGCAUUGGACUUCUCCUUGGGAUAACAGUACAACCAAAGUCAAAAGUAUUCUCUUUGUGGCCAGAUGGGUUUGUAUGGACAGGCUUGUCCAUCUGUAACUUCAUUAAGGAUGACAUCUGAACUGGAGAGCAGCCUAACAUCUAUGGACUGGUUACCACAGCUCACCAUGAGAGCAGCCAUCCAAAAAUCUGAUGCUACACAAAAUGCGCAUGGAACAGGAAUUUCUAAGAAGAAUGCACUCCUUGACCCAAAUACAACUCUGGACCAGGAAGAAGUCCAACAGCACAAAGAUGGGAAACCUCCAUACAGUUAUGCCAGCCUCAUUACAUUUGCAAUUAAUAGCUCACCCAAAAAGAAAAUGACUUUAAGUGAAAUUUAUCAGUGGAUUUGUGAUAACUUCCCAUAUUAUAGAGAGGCUGGCAGUGGUUGGAAGAAUUCCAUACGACAUAAUCUGUCAUUGAACAAAUGUUUCCUUAAAGUGCCUCGAUCCAAGGAUGACCCUGGAAAGGGGUCCUAUUGGGCAAUAGACACCAAUCCGAAGGAAGAUGCGCUGCCUACUCGGCCAAAGAAGAGGGCACGAUCUGUAGAACGGGCCUCAACUCCAUAUAGCAUAGAUUCAGAUUCUUUGGGAAUGGAGUGUAUUAUUUCGGGAAGUGCCUCUCCAACUCUGGCAAUCAACACUGUGACUAACAAAGUAACACUGUAUAACACUGAUCAGGAUGGUAGUGAUAGCCCACGCAGUAGCCUUAACAACAGUCUUUCAGACCAGAGUUUGGCAUCUGUUAAUUUGAACAGUGUUGGAAGUGUGCAUAGUUACACACCGGUGACAAGCCAUCCAGAAUCAGUCUCUCAAUCAUUAACUCCUCAACAGCAACCACAGUACAACCUUCCAGAAAGAGACAAGCAACUACUUUUCUCAGAAUAUAAUUUUGAAGAUCUUAGUGCCUCAUUUCGGAGCCUUUAUAAGUCAGUUUUUGAGCAGUCACUUAGUCAACAAGGUUUGAUGAACAUCCCUUCUGAAUCUUCCCAGCAGCCCCACACUUCAUGUUCCUAUCAGCACUCUCCCAGCAGUACAGUGAGCACUCACCCACACAGCAACCAAAGCAGCCUGUCCAACAGUCAUGGCAGUGGCCUCAACACCACAGGCAGUAAUUCGGUUGCACAGGUCUCACUCUCUCACCCCCAGAUGCACACACAGCCAUCUCCACAUCCUCCCCAUCGACCUCAUGGUUUACCACAGCAUCCGCAGCGUUCCCCGCACCCAGCACCACACCCACAGCAACACAGCCAGCUCCAGUCUCCUCACCCCCAGCAUCCCUCUCCACAUCAACACAUACAGCACCAUCCGAACCAUCAGCAUCAGACGUUAACACAUCAGGCACCCCCACCCCCACAACAGGUAUCCUGUAAUUCUGGUGUUUCAAAUGAUUGGUAUGCGACACUUGAUAUGCUAAAAGAAAGCUGUCGAAUUGCCAGCAGUGUUAAUUGGUCAGAUGUAGACCUUUCACAGUUUCAAGGUCUGAUGGAGAGUAUGAGACAGGCAGAUCUCAAGAACUGGUCUUUAGAUCAAGUUCAGUUUGCCGAUCUCUGUUCUUCUCUUAAUCAGUUCUUUACACAAACUGGCCUUAUUCAUUCACAGAGUAAUGUUCAGCAAAAUGUUUGUCAUGGUGCCAUGCAUCCAACAAAACCUUCCCAACACAUUGGAACAGGAAAUUUGUACAUAGAUUCUAGGCAAAAUCUCCCUCCUUCAGUGAUGCCACCCCCUGGUUAUCCUCAUAUCCCACAGGCACUCAGCACUCCAGGAACAACGAUGGCAGGCCAUCACAGAGCCAUGAACCAGCAGCACAUGAUGCCUUCCCAAGCCUUCCAGAUGCGGCGCUCCCUGCCUCCAGAUGACAUCCAGGAUGACUUUGAUUGGGAUUCAAUUGUGUAAGGGCUUGUUUCUGCAAGACACCAGACCCUAACGUUACCUUUCUGUGCAGUGAAGGGAAAGGUUUAAGAGAAUCCAGUUGAGAAAACAAACUUGCUAAUCACUUUACCAAUGUUAUCAAAAUUACUUUUGAAGACAAUCAGAAGGAUUUUAGCUGGAUAACUUACUGCUUUUAUCUGACCUGAACAAGUACUACAUGUUUGUCUCCCUGCCAGCUGCCCUAUGUAGCUCCUAACUGUUGUGUGAUUUGGACGGCUUUUUGUGUAUUUGUGUCAGUUUGAUGUUAACCACAAGUGCCAGACUGAUUUUUCAGACGGAGCCUAUUUUGCUGCAAGCAGUUUAUAUAAAGAUACAUAUGUGUAAAUAUAUGUACAAAAAUUACUGAAAGGCUUCAGUUUUUUCUAAUUGGAUUAUUAUGUCUUGAAAGGAAAGUUAUUGUCAGUUUUUAUUCCUUGUUAGGCUAUUUUCUGCAGGAUGCUUUUAACUGAUGUAGGAAACUGAAAGGAAAUAGAUUUUUUCCAAAGCCAGUUCCCCUUAUUUAAUCUUUUUUAGAAAUGUGGGUAAUCUAAGUCAAGGAACCCAGGAUUUGACAUUCUCCAACAAUCCAUAGGGGCAUGUUGCUCCUGAGCAGCAUGAAGAACUGACCAAAUUGGUUUUGAUGCUUGGGGGAUCAUAGAGUAUUUAUGUCUGCUUUUCUAAAUCUGUGUUAUAACAGCUCUAAAAUUUGUUGUUUGGUAAGAAGUUGGGCAUUGCUUGGCUCUUUAAACACAUCAGUGCUUCCAUAUUCAUCUAUGUAUUUAUUAUUCAGAAGUGUUAUUUUAAUAUUUAUUGCUACCUUCUGUGAAUGCUCAACUCCUGUUGGGUUCAUUAAGGAAAAAUGUGUCUGAAAGCACAGAAUUACUUUUUUUUUUUUUUUUUUUUUUUUGAGGUGGAGUCUCACCCUGUUGCCCAGGCUGGAGUGCAGUGGCGCGAUCUCAGCUCACUGCAACCUCCGCCUCCUGGGUUCAAGCGAUUCUCCUGCCUCAGCCUCCUGAGUAGCUGGGAGUACAGGUGCACACCGCCAUGCCUAGCUGAUUUUUUGUAUUUUAGUAGAAACGGGGUUUCACCAUGUUGCCCGGGCUGGUCGCAAACUCCUGAGCUCAGGCAGUCCGCCUGCCUCAGCAUCCCAGAGUGCUGGGAUUACAGGCGUGAGCCACUGCGCCCAGCCCAGAAUUACUUUUCUUGAUAAGAAUUUAUAGACAAGACACUCAGACAUUGUGUCAUUCUCUGUCAUCACUCCUUUUACCAUGUGAAUAGAUUUCUCUGUCUUGGCAUUCUUGCUAAUUCAGACUUAUUAGUUAAAUCGGAUUUUUCUGGAAUUUGAAUCAGAUUCCAUUUGGGCAACAAUAGCAGGGCAGUGUUUCUAAAGCAAGUUUCCCCACUCAUCUAGGUUGUCUUGAAAGGAGGAUAGAGCCACUUACAAUUUUAUUUGCUUCAGUGUUUAAUGUAGAUAUUAUGUAGCCUGCUGUUUCUGUUGUCCUGUAUGUCUUUGUAUGCAUGACAUUUGGUCCCUUUCUUUGAAAUGCAGCCCACCUCUUAAUGGUUUUUUUUAGUGGUGGUGGUUUGUUUUGUUUCAUGUCAUAUCGCAGUUUGCAUGGACUGAUUAUCUUAGUUUUAUGAUAAAACUAGAAAUGGGGGUUUUUUUUUUUUUUUUUUUGAUGAAUAGAUUUUGAAUUGAUUCUUUAGACCAAAAAAAAGUGUCAGUUCUAAUGGGGAAAAAUAUUCCAUCAAGUCAAAGAGUAGUAACUGCUCACUGGUCGCUUUUUAGCAUCUCUGGUCUUAGCAGUCAUGCUAAAUCACUUUAAUUAGCCUUAGUGAUUCUAUGGUUGAGUAAUCUCUACUUGAACUAAACAAACAUCUUUUGUUUUUGUGUGUGUGUGCUGUGUGUGAGAGAGUGUGCCUGUGUGUGUGUGUGUGUGUGUGUGUGUGUGUGUUUUAAUCAAGUGUUGCCUUGAAUGAAUCACUGGGAAGCCAGCCAUGGUAAGGGCUGGUGAGGUUGGGGAGAAAGGAAGAGGUUUAUGUUUCUCUGUUGUUUGGACCCUACUUGGCAUGAAAAAGGAAGCUCAGUUCCAGCCCCUUGGAUCAACGAAAAUCAGAGGAUUCUGGAAAGGCAGCCAACUUGCCCCUCUUAGAAGGAUCAGAGGCAAGAUGAGAUGGCAGCCUGCAGAGUAAAUGCUUGAAAAAAAAAAAGGGGGUGAUUUUCAAUGGUUUGCUUAAGUCACUGUUUUCUA